AUGAUUGGUUUCUAGAAGAAUGAUUUUUUUACAUGUACUAAUUUAUUAUUUUAGAAAAAUUUAAGUAGUAAUUUAAUUUAAAUGCAUAAUUUAACGUUUGUUAGAAAACUAGAAAUUGAAUUUAUUUCAGAAACAUUAAUGCUACAUCAAAAAUACGAAGGGGACGUAGGAUGUGUGGUAUGGGAUGCAGCAAUUGUUUUAGCUAAAUAUCUUGAAGAAACAUUUAAACAACGGAGAUUUUGUUUUAAAGAUAAGAAUGUAGUCGAGCUAGGAGCAGGCGUGGGAUGUGCAGGACUUACAGCUGCUUGUUUUGGGGCUAAUGUUUUAUUAACUGACUUAGCCGAGGUAAUUCCUCUACUUCAAUUGAAUAUAAAAGAAAAUGAAAAAGUUAUAGCACACCACGGGGGUUCAGUUAAAGCAUCUAUACUAAGAUGGGGUAAUAAAGACCCCAGUAUUAAUUUUAUACCUGAUGUGGUUUUGUUAGCAGACUGUAUCUAUUAUAAGCAGUCAAUUGACAAGUUACUGGAAACAUUGGACAACAUUACGGAAAAUGACACUAGAAUAUUGAUGUCUCAAGAAAUGAGGGAGUCAGAUGUGCAGAAGAAUUGUUGGGAAUAUUUUGUUAAAAGAGCAAGUGAAAAAUUCUCUUUCAAUUAUGUGCCUCUUUCUGUCCAAAAUCCAGAAUAUAGAUGUCCUGAUAUUAAAUUAAUAGAACUUAUAAAAAAAGAAAAAACAUGUUAUUAAUUAAUUACUAUUAUU